UGGCCCCAAGUACUCCUGACGCGUGAAAUAGCCCUCGUGCCCUGUUUCCCCUCAAAGUCGCGGUUUUCCCUGUGCCACUGAUUAUUAAUUCAUUUAUUUAUUCAGAUAUAAGAAAGUACAAUGAGUUGUGAAAGUACAUACGCUAGUAAUUUAGCAGUACAUUCUUGCUAAAGCCACAUAAACACGCACAGUGAGACACCUUCCAGCUUAUAUAUUUUGCAUCUACAUCUACGCAAGAAAACAGUGUAAUUAUAGUUGUUAUUUUAGAUUCAGCUACUCGGAAUAAAACGUUCUAAGUAGCACGGUCUAUGGUGAUCCCGUAGUUGACUUACCUGGCACAGGAGCGGGGCUGUAACUUGUGUGAAAAAACGUCUCGUGAUGAUGUUUUAUAUGUAUGUGGCAAGGUGUAGUGCAGUGUAGAAAAAUAACUGUAAAACACAUUGGAACUGAAAAUCUGAGGAAGGUCAGCAUCCUCCCUCACCCUUGACUCGGUCGCGACAACAGCCUUGCGUACCAAUUCGAACCCCCCACGCUCCUUGGGUAAGCCCUCCAGUACGACUCUGCUAAAUCUGCCGCUGGUGUUGUACACUCCGUCAGUGGUCCCUCAGAGAGUCUCCUCGCUGAUCUUCAAGCCAUAAUAAACUACUGUAGAAGAUGAUCUUCAGGCACUUCAAGGAUGUAAUCUUCCUGGUUGUCAUACUGAGCAUGUUAUUUUGGUUUACAUUUGUGCCGUAUUUAAUUGGCAUAACCAAAUGGAAUAGCAGCGACCUUCCCAGCAAAGGAGACCACGACUUUGAGGACCAGUACUUCCUGCCUCUCAUGGAUGCCUUCCGCUCUGCUAGCCAGGCCUCCAGCAGCGCCUCUACACCUGCACGUAGGUUCAGGUCUGGUGAGGUUCCAAGAUUCUUGCUGUGGUCCAAGCCGUAUAACCACGAGUUCUGGAUGUCUCAGCUCACUCACAUCUCCCGAGGUCUUUGUCCUCGACCAUGUAGCUUCACCGUCAAUGUCUCCCAGAUGAGCAGCGUUGACGCUGUGGUAGUGUACCUGCGAGGCAUUCCGAGCAGACAGCGCCUUCUGCAGGAGCUGGCGCCCCGCGACCCCACCCAGCCUUGGAUCAUCAGUACCUUCGAGGCGCCCCCCAGAGCCAACAGUAUUCACCACACCGACUACAGAACCCUCGGCGGCAUCUUCAACCGCACGAUGCUUUAUCGCAGAGACGCGGACGUAGUGGUGCCUCACGGGUUUAUCGUACAUCAAGACGAAGCCGCUCUUCUGCCCAGAUCGUGGCGAGUCCCUCCACCCAUACACCCAGGCAACUUUCACGCGCGUAAGAUGGUCGUGGCCUUCAUCUCUAAUUGCAAGGCAAACAGUGGUCGUCUAGAGUACGCAAAAGCCCUCCAAAAACACAUUUCUGUUGACAUUUAUGGCAAAUGCGGCACUCUGGAAUGUGGUCACUCCUUGUACGUCGACCACAGAUAUGACCCGACGUUAGAUCGUUGUUUACAAGCUGCUGGCGAAGGAUAUCUCUUCUAUUUGGCCUUUGAGAGCUCCCUCUGCACUGACUAUGUAACGGAGAAGUUGUACAACCUCAUGUUCUACCCGAUUGUGCCCAUUGUGCUUGGGUCUGCUAACUACUCGGCUGCCUUGCCACCCAACUCCUACAUUGAUGCUCAGCAUUACAGGCCCAGGCAACUGGCGGUCAAGCUGAGAGCAAUUGCAGAGAACCCGAAGGAAUACCAGAAGUAUUUAGCGUGGAGGCGCCACUACCAGCCUUCUACCAUCGGCGGGGAGCGUAGCCUAUGCCACCUCUGCGUUCGCCUUCACGAUCCCAAAUUUUACCAGCACCAUGUGAUCGAUGACUUCUACGAUUGGUUUGUAGCGCAGUCUCAACCCUCAGACGGCCGCGGACGAUGUAUAUGAAUACAGAUUUCUUUUGAAUUCACGUAGAUUACGUGAGAAAAAUGUCUGGAUGCUAUGAACUAUUUAUACGUACGUUGAUGCUGGUGUUAUCACUUAUAUAUGUGUGUUGUACUGUACUAUUAUUGUAGGGAUAUGAAGUACGUGGCGAAGGAACACACUACUAGCCUCUUCAUUGUUAAUUAAGAUGAGAAAGCAUAGUGUGGGGUACAGGAGUGUUUAGAUGGGAGGUGGAAACUUGGAGGCAACAGCAUGAGUUGAGGGUAGAAAUAGCCUAAGCUACUCUAUCCCUUUGAGAUGUAUUUCUUUCUUGUCUCAAUAAACAUACUUGAACUUGAACUUGCAGCAUGAGUUGGAUCAUGCAGAAGGUGACGUCACCCAAGGCAGGAUGAUGUGGUAGCGCUGUCGUUGCUGGAAGGCAGAUGUAGGGGUGUGACUUGCCAUAGAAGGCAGCUGUGAGGUGUGACUUGCCAUGGAAGGCAGCUAGAUGUAACUUGCCCCCUGGAAGGUAACCGUGAGGUGUGACUUGCUCCUGGAAGGCAGCUGUGAGGUGUGACUUGUUCCUGGAAGGCAGCUAUGAGGCGUGACUUCUCUAGCACUGGGGUUGCAGAUAUGUGCCUACAGGCAGUCCCCAUAAUUAGACAUACCUAAUUUUACACUUAAUAGAUAAAUAUUUAACUUAAUAAAGAUUAAAGACUCA